GAUCAUUAUCCAAUUGAAUUCGGAACGUGUAUCUAGUUUCUAUUAAGAUAUAAGUAUCGUGUUAUAUAAAGCUAGUUUUCUUAAAGUGAAAAAUAAUUUAAAAAAAAAAUGUGCUUCUUGAAAGUAAAAGACGCAUUAGUUGGAUUUCUUACACUAAUAGUUACCCUGAGCGAUGAUAUGGGAGUAGCUUGCAAACCAAUAAAUGACCAUUCGCCCAUAAUAAAUAUAGUUGGGGAUUCGGAAGAUUCAGAGCUUACACCUUUAGUCCGAGAAUUGAAAUCCCUCAAGAAUCACUUAGGACAAAGUACCUCUACUGGUUUACAUCGAAUUUAUGGACAUUAUAUCAAGCAAAUGAAAGUCAAAAAUCUACAAAAUAUUGAGGAUAGAUUAGCAGCCAUUAAUUCAACCUUUCUGCUUUUGUAUAGAAUCUACCGUUUGCUAUACAACUACCAAUGUGACCUAAAAAAAAUACAAGAUUAUGUCCUCAAUACAGAUGGAAAUUUUUCACAACAAAUCAAACAAAGAAGAGAAAUUUUCAAGGAUCUGAAAGACUAUCUAAGUUUAGCUUUAUCUGAAGUCAAAAAUAUUUUGGAUGAAACAAGAAGAUUCAAAAAACACGGUUGCAGAAUGAAUCUCGUUACAGUUUUCUCAGAUGGAGAUCUUGGAACCAUGCAAAUGAUGGACAAUAAUUUUGUGGAGCAUUUGAAUAAUUUUUUAGAUAUUGCUAUUAGUUUGGUCCAAAAGAGGCAAAUAAUAGAACAAGCAUAUUAUUAUAAUGUCUUGGACUAGCAAAAAUAUUCUAGAAUGGUACCUAUUUGGAUAAAACUUGCCCAAACUGGCAAUACUGCUAAAAACACUCAAAUCCGUUUAUUUAUUUAUUUGUUUAUUUAUUGUUUGUGUGAUUAUUAUUAUGAAUCUCUAAAAUCUAAAAAUAAGCAUGUAAUUAACGUUGUUUGAGUUUUUUAUACUUUUUUUUGUAUUUUCUGCAUUUGUUACAUAUUUUUUAAGGACUUUGCUCUCAAUGUAAAUGAAUAUAACGAUAAUUGUUAUUAAAAUAA